AUGGCAACGAAUGCCAGCUCUCGUCAAAUCAAUAAUGCACCAUCGGUUAGGGAGCGCAUCGAAGCUCUAUACAACCACAGUGAACUCUUCGAGAUGACCGCCGGUUGUCCACAACUUGGAAUUCACGAGACUUUCGGUAGAGAAUGGGCACUAUGCCUAGCGCACGUCGAGGGCGAGGUCCACCAAUGUGGAAGAGUAGUCGAAGACUUCCUACGAAAGAACGCACAACGUGAAGAACUUUCGCCAUCCGAGGCUGAGUACAAGAGCGCAAUGAAUAAUCUGGUUAAUUCACUGCUGCUCCACGAACGUAUUGUCAAGACUUCUCCGAGGAUGAGCUCGUCGACGCCGCCUUCGAUGGCAUCCAUGAACAAAUACCGCAUCAACAGCCUUGUCAACAAAACUGGUAUGCGCAGUGCAAAUGGGGAGUUGGCUUCGAUGUACGGCCAGGAGGGCGACCCAAUCCCGUCCAAUCUAGCCGCGGUGGAUGACGAAGGUCUUCCGCCCAUGGCGCUCUUCAUUCGUGACUGGCUCCUGAAUCCUCUGGUCGAUGUUAUCGCUACGCCUUCUCAGGACCUUUUGAUGAGACUGCCGGUGUAUAGGCGCAGAUAUCAGGAAGAGGAGGAGCAGAACAGUAAUGGUCGGGUUAUCAACAGCAACACAGUAUCGGCCGCUGCAAACGCGUUCGUAUACGUGUUAGCGAUACUGAUUCUUAUUGCCCCGAUUGCUACCUUCACUGUUGUGAAGGAGCAGUCACUUCGAAUCAUAAUAAUGCCGCUGUUCUGUCUGCUCUUGGCUGGGUCAGCACAGCUGAUGGGAUCAGACGCAAUGCCUUGGUACACAAUUGUGAUCGGGUACUUCCAGGCAAUGAUCUUUUUCGUGGGUUCUUCGAAUGACGGAUAUGCAAGGCUGGCUUCUAUCGCCUACCUUAACCAUCGAUCGUACUUGUUUACCCCUCAGCCACACCGUCGCUUAGGGGCCGGUCCCACCGUUCAAAUUCACAAAUCCUACAGCGACUACAGCACCAACUCACUUAGAAGCACACUUCAAGGGUUUUUGUUCUCUAUAACUCAAGCUCUACCUCCUCUCACACCCAACAGAAGAACAGUAAACGCGUCCUGCUUGCGCUUCACAAACACCAUGACAGCAGGUCGUAAGCGUGCCAAACCAGUGAUCUUGAACAAAAAUCUGAGAGAUGACAAGAAACGAAUUGCUGCUCCGCCCUCGACCAUAAGCCAGGGACCCAGCCCUCCGUUACGGAGGAGCACACACAACGGGGAGAACGAACACGACGAGAAGAACGAACCCACCAGCGACAAGACAAGAGCCAAACAAUGA